AAACAUCAGCCUAGAAUCUGUUUAUAGAGGCUAAUUUCUAAAACGACAGUGUCUAGAAAGUAUCGCGACAGAACUGGAACUUACAUGCAUUCUCACAUCAAAAUGAGGUUCGAGAGUCUAAAAACUAAUUUGUUCUUUCAUGUUCCUUCAGCUCAAAAUGUCGGUUACGAAUGGCCCGGAAUCAAGUCAGUGAGUCUUGGCCAACACAAAUGGAGUUUCACCCUGGCGUACUUGGAAAGUCUACAGUUUGAGACAAAAGGUAUAAUGACAGAAACAUCUGACAGCGGUAUGGGAACAGAAGGAGCACCAUCUGAGUUUGGAGUGGACAUUGGUGAUGAACGUGAAACUCAAACGGUAACUGGUUACGACCAAAAGUCACUGUUUUUAGCAGUAAGUAGUGGCAAUAUCGCCAUUAUCGAGGAUAUGUUGUCACAUGGCCUGGAUAUCAACACAAAAAAUGAAUGUGGUGACACGGCUCUGAUCGUCGCUGCCUUGAAUGGUAAAAGAGACCCCGCAAAUUAUCUGUUACACAAGGGAGCUGAUCCCUUCGCGAAAGGACAGUUUGGAAGAAAUUCACUGCACUCCGCUUCACUCGGUGGUAAUGUCGCUAUCAUCGAGACAGUAAUGUCACACGGUCUUGAUGUGGAUUCAAAAGAUGGUAACGGAUCCACACCUUUGAUAUUGGCUGCACUGAGUGGCAAAGUUGAGGCGGUAAAUUAUCUGUUAGACGAGGGAGCUGAUCCCUUUGUGAAAGGACAGUUUGGAAGAAAUUCACUGCACUCCGCUUCACUGGGUGGUAAUGUCGUUAUCAUCGAGACAGUAGUGUCACGCGGUCUUGAUGUGGAUUCAAAAGAUGGUAACGGAUCCACACCUUUAAUAUUGGCUGCACUGAGUGACAAGAUUGACGCCGUAAAUUAUCUGUUAGACAAGGGAGCUGAUCCCUUUGUGAAAGGACAGUUUGGAAGAAAUUCACUGCACUCCGCUUCACUGGGCGGUAAUGUCGCUAUCAUCGAGACAGUAUUGUCACGCGGUCUUGAUGUGGAUUCAAAGGAUGGUAACGGAUCCACACCUUUGAUGUUGGCUGCACUGAGUGACAAGAUUGAGGCGGUAAAUUAUCUGUUAGACAAGGGAGCUGAUCCUUUUGUGAAAGGACAGUUUGGAAGAAAUUCACUGCACUCCGCUUCACUGGGUGGUAAUGUCGCUAUCAUUGAGACAGUAUUGUCACGCAGUCUUGAUGUGAAUUCAAAAGAUGGUAACGGAUCCACACCUUUGAUAUUGGCUGUACUGAGUGACAAGAUUGACGCAGUAAAUUAUCUCUUAGACAAGGGAGCUGAUCCCUUUGUGGAAGGACAGUUUGGAGGAAAUUCCCUGCACUUCGCUUCAGAGGGUGGUAAUGUCGCCAUCAUCGAGACAAUAAUGUCACGUGGUCUUGAUGUUGAUUCAAAAGAUGGUGACGGCAACACACCGUUGCUAUUGGCUGCACAGUUUGGCAAGGUUAAGGCGGUAAAUUAUCUGCUAGACAAGGGAGCUGAUCCCUUUGUAAAAGGACAGUUUGGAAGAAAGUUUGGACGAAAUUCACUGCACUUCGCUUCAGAGUGUGGUAAUGUUGCCAUCAUCGAGAUAAUAAUGUCAUAUGGUCUUGAUGUGGAUUCAAAAGAUGACGAUGGCAAGACACCCUUAAUAUUAGCUGUACAGAAUGGCAAUGUUGAGGCGUUAAAUCAUCUCUUAGAGAAAGGAGCUGAUCCCUUUGUGAAAGAACGGUUGGGAAGCAACUCACUGCACUUCGCCUCAACGGCUGGUAAUGUCACCAUCAUCGAGAAAAUAAUGUCACGUGGUCUUGAUGUUGAUUCAAAAGAUGGUGACGGCAACACACCGUUGCUAUUGGCUGCACAGUUUGGCAAGGUUAAGGCGGUAAAUUAUCUGCUAGACAAGGGAGCUGAUCCCUUUGUAAAAGGACAGUUUGGAAGAAAUUCACUGCACUUCGCUUCAGAGGGUGGUAAUGUCGCCAUCAUCGAGACAAUAAUGUCACGUGGUCUUGAUGUCGAUUCAAAAGAUGGCAACGGCAACACACCCCUGCUAUUGGCUGCACGGGGUAACAAGCUUUUGGCGGUAAUCCAUCUGUUAGACAAGGGAGCUGAUCCCUUUGUAAAAGGACAGUUUGGAAGAAACUCACUGCACUUCGCUUCAGAGGGUGGUAAUGUCGCCAUCAUUGAGACAAUAAUGUCCCGUGGUCUUAAUGUGGAUUCAAAAGAUGGUGUCGGCGACACACCCUUGCUAUUAGCUGCAAUGUUUGGCAAGGUUAAGGCGGUAAAUUAUUUGUUAGACAAGGGAGCUGGUCCCUUUGUAAAAGGAGAGUUUGGACAAAAUUCACUACAUUUCGCUUCGCAUGGAGGUAAUGUCACCAUCAUUGAGACAAUAAUGUCACGUGGUCUUGAUGUCGAUUCAAAAGAUGGUGUUGGUAGUACACCCUUGCAAAUAGCUGCACGGGGUGGCAAGGUUGAGGCGGUAAAUUAUCUCUUAGACAAGGGAGCUGAUCCUUCUGUGAAAGGGAAGUUUGGAAGAAAUUCACUGCACUUUGCUUCAGAGGGUGGUGAUAUCGUCAUCAUUGAUACAAUAAUGUCACGUGGUCUUGAUGUCGAUUCAAAAGAUGGUGACGGGAGUACACCCUUGCUAUUGGCUGCACAGGGUGAGAAGGUUGAGGCGGUAAAUUAUCUCUUAGACAAGGGAGCUGAUCCUUCUGUGAAAGGAAAGUUUGGAAGAAAUUCACUGCACUUCGCUUCAAUGGGUGGUAAUGUCGCCAUCAUCGAGACAAUAAUGUCUCGUGGCCUUAAUGUGGAUUCAAAAGAUGGUGACGGCGACACACCCUUGCUAUUGGCUGUACAGGAUGACAAGGUUGAGGCAGUAAACUAUCUCUUAGACAAGGGAGCUGAUCCCUUUGUAAAAGGAGAGUUUGGACGAAAUUCACUACACUUCGCUUCCUAUGGAGGUAAUGUCACCAUCAUCGAAACAAUAAUGUUAUGUGGUAUUGUUGUGGAUUCAAAAGAUCAUGACGGCAACACACCCUUACUACUGGCUGCACAGGGUGACAAGGUUGAGGCGGUAAAUUAUCUCUUAGAGAAGGGAGCUGAUCCCUUUGUAAAAGGAGAGUUUGGACGAAAUUCACUGCACUUCGCUUCAGAGUGUGGUAAUAUCGCCAUCAUCGAGACAAUAAUGUCAUAUGGUCUUAAUGUGGAUUCAAAAGAUGACGAUGGCAAGACACCCUUGAUAUUAGCUGUAGAGAAUGGCAAUGUUGAGGCGUUAAAUUAUCUGUUAGACAAGGGAGCUGUUCCCUUUGUGAAGGAAGAGUUUGGACGAAAUUCACUGCACUUCGCUUCAGAGUGUGGUAAUGUUGCCAUCAUCGAGAUAAUAAUGUCAUAUGGUCUUGAUGUGGAUUCAAAAGAUGACGAUGGCAAGACACCCUUAAUAUUAGCUGUACAGAAUGGCAAUGUUGAGGCGUUAAAUCAUCUCUUAGAGAAAGGAGCUGAUCCCUUUGUGAAAGAACGGUUGGGAAGCAACUCACUGCACUUCGCCUCAACGGCUGGUAAUGUCACCAUCAUCGAGAAAAUAAUGUCACGUGGUCUUGAUGUUGAUUCAAAAGAUGGUGACGGCAACACACCGUUGCUAUUGGCUGCACAGUUUGGCAAGGUUAAGGCGGUAAAUUAUCUGCUAGACAAGGGAGCAGAUCCCUUUGUAAAAGGACAGUUUGGAAGAAAUUCACUGCACUUCGCUUCAGAGGGUGGUAAUGUUGUCAUCAUCGAGACAAUGAUGUCACGUGGUCUUGAUGUCGAUUCAAGAGAUGGCAACGGCAACACACCCUUACUAUUGGCUGCACGGGGUGACAAGCUUUUGGCGGUAAACCAUCUGUUAGACAAGGGAGCAGAUCCCUUUGUAAAAGGACAGUUUGGAAGUAAUUCACUGCACUUCGCCUCAACGGGUGGUAAUGUCGCCAUCAUCGAGACAAUAAUGUCACGUGGUCUUGAUGUUGAUUCAAAAGAUGGUGACGGCAACACACCGUUGCUAUUGGCUGCACAGUUUGGCAAGGUUGAGGCGGUAAAUUAUCUGCUAGACAAAGGAGCUGAUCCCUUUGUAAAAGGACAGUUUGGAAGAAACUCACUACACUUCGCUUCAGAGGGUGGUAAUGUUGUCAUCAUUGAGACAAUAAUGUCACGUGGUCUUGAUGUCGAUUCAAAAGAUGGCAACGGCAACACACCCUUACUAUUGGCUGCACGGGGUGACAAGCUUUUGGCGGUAAUCCAUCUGUUAGACAAAGGAGCGGAUCCCUUUGUGAAAGGACAGUUUGGAAGUAAUUCACUGCACUUCGCCUCAACGGGUGGUAAUGUCGCCAUCAUCGAGACCAUAAUGUCACCUGGUCUUGAUAUUGAUUCAAAAGAUGGUGACGGCAACACACCGUUGCUAUUGGCUGCACAGUUUGGCAAGGUUAAAGCGGUAAACUAUCUGCUAGACAAGGGAGCUGAUCCCUUUGCGAAAGGAAAGUUUGGAAGUAAUUCACUGCACUUUGCCUCAAAGGGUGGUAAUGUCGCCAUCAUCGAGACAAUAAUGUCACGUGGUCUUGAUGUUGAUUCAAAAGAUGGUAACGGCAACACACCGUUGCUAUUGGCUGCAGAGUUUGGCAAGGUUAAAGCGGUAAAUUAUAUGCUAGACAAGGGAGCUGAUCCCUUUGUAAAAGGACAGUUUGGAAGAAAUUCACUGCACUUCGCUUCAGAGGGUGGUAAUGUUGUCAUCAUCGAGACGAUAAUGUCACGUGGUCUUGAUGUUGAUUCAAAAGAUGGUGACGGCAACACACCGUUGCUAUUGGCUGCACAGUUUGGCAAGGUUAAAGCGGUAAUAUAUCUGCUAGACAAGGGAGCUGAUCCCUUUGCGAAAGGACAGUCUGGAAGAAAUUCACUGCACUUCGCUUCAGAGGGUGGUAAUGUCGCCAUCAUCGAGACAAUAAUGUCCCAUGGUCGUGAUGUCGAUUCAAAAGAUGAUGACGGGAGUACACCCUUGCUAUUGGCUGCACAGGGUGACAAGGUUGAGGCGGUAAAUUAUCUCUUAGACAAGGGAGCUGAUCCCUUUGUGAAAGGAAAGUUUGGAAGAAAUUCACUGCACUCCGCUUCAAUUGGAGGUAAUGUCGCCAUCAUCGAGACAAUAAUGUCACGUGGUCUUGAUGUCGAUUCAAAAGAUAGGGACGGCAGGACACCCUUGAUAUUCGCUGUAGGGAAUGGCAUGGUUGAGGCGGUAAACUAUCUGCUAGUCAAGGGAGCUGAUCCCUUUGUGAAAGGACGAUUUGGAGCCAAUUUACUGCACUUUGCUGCCCAUGGUGGUAAUGUCGCCAUCAUUGAGACAAUAAUUUCACGUGGUCUUGAUGUCGAUUCAAAAAAUGGUAAAGGGAACACACCCUUGAUAGUGGCUGUACGGGGUGGCAAGGUUGAGGCGGUAAAUUAUUUGUUGGACAAGGGAGCUGAUCCCUUUGUGGAAGGACAGUUUGGAAGAAAUUCACUGCACUUUGCUUCAACGGGUGAUAAUGUCGCCAUCGUCGAAACAAUAAUCUCAUGUGGUCUUGAUGUCGAAUCAAAAGAUGGUGAUGGUAACACACCCUUGAUAUUAGCUGCAAAGAAUGGCAAGCUUGAGGCGUUAAAUCAUCUGCUAGACAAGGGAGCCGAUCCCUUUGUGAAAGGACGGUUUGGAAGAAAUUUACUGGACUUCGCUUUAAUAGGUGGUAAUGUAGCCAUCAUCGAAAAAAUGCUGUUACUUGGUUUGAGUUUUAGAACUGAGCCGUAGACCUCUUACAAAGCAAGGGAGGUCGUUAGUUUUUAGAAGUGAGUCAUUUUCUGAAUGUGUUCGCGGGAUGCAUGUUUACGAAAGAUGAAUGAUGAAGUGGCCGUUAUUUUAUCUUAUGUAAUAACCGUAGUUUUCAUAAAGCUGAGUAGUUAAAAAAAGUUAAGAAUCAAAUUGAUAUUACUGGAUUUCAAUUAAUAUUUCAGCAGAAAAUUUGUGCGUUAUUGAACGAGUGCUAAGUCACAGAAAUGGCUGAAUGUUGCAGUGUUUUUGAAGGCCGAAACGUUCUGAUGUGCAUGAUAACAUCGAAAAGAAAACUCGAUCGAUAAAAUCUCCAAUGGAAAUAUUAAAUAAACAAUACUGUACAAUACUGCGAGAAUUAUUUUUUGUGGGAACAGAUUUCGACUUUUAGGCAGCAAAAUGUAGAAUGCUCAAGUCUCUUUUCUGUGUCUUUGAAUUCUCUUUAGGUUGUUUAAAACAGAUCAUUUGCAUUCUGUCGUAUCAAAACUUUAAUUGCAAUUUUUUUCAUCCUACAAGCUUUUUUGCUCGAGUUGUUUGGUACAUGUGGUCAUAAUUUAAAUUCACUCGAAUGUAGUGCUUGAAAGAUGUCCCAUCGAGUGAUCAAGAGUCAUUUCAAAAGACAACCAUUUGACAUGACACUCUGAAAUUUUGUUCCAAACUGCUCUAUGAUUUCUAAUGCAAUGCUUAAUUUAAGAUAUUGCAAGUGCAGCACAUGUGAUAUGCUU